UUGGUUCGGUAGAAAUGGCAGUGAUAACAUAGAUCUCCCUCUCUCUCUCUGCAAUCCCAAUUCUGAAUCCAUCCGGCGGUCAAGUGACAACUCUUCUGGGCUUCCUGAAAAGGGAAAGAUGAUGGUGAGGAAUGUGGUUAUGAUCUUGCUGUUUGUUACAGUGAUUGCUCCCAUCAUUCUUUACACCGAUCGUCUUGGCUCCAUCCACACCUCCUCUUCUUCUUCCUCCUUUCCUUUUAUCUCAGCAGCCCAAGACGAAUUUGUUGAAGAUGUUACUGCUUUUCCUUUCAAUGCUCAUUCUGGCGGCCGUCUAAAUCUGCUUCCCCAGGAAUUAUCCACCCUUAAAGAACCCAUUGGAGUCGUCUACUCCGACAACUCUACUGAAUCAUUUCCAGAGACAAAGGAGAGCCAAGCCAGCACCAAUCACUCCCACCAAGUAUCAGCUAGAGUGUUGUCUACCACCACCAACGAACAAGAUCUAUCUCAAAAAGAUAACCCUAUCAUUCAGGUCACUCAAACACUUGACCAAGGAAACCAACUUCUGGCGGCCGAGUCUGGUGCAAAAACAGCAACUUCUGAGAAGAAAACUGAUAAUGCUUCCCAGAAUACGCUUAACCAGAAAUCCACUCAGACCUCCAUAAAGGUUGAUCAAAGAGAAUCUGUCAAAACUGUAUCAGUAAAAAACAUUCACGAAACAACUAUUACGGAUGGUCGAGUCAGACAUCUGAAAGACCAGCUCAUCAGGGCAAGGGUCUACCUAUCUCUUCCAGCUGCAAGAAACAAUCCCCAGUUCGCAAGGGAGAUUCGACUGCGGAUAAAGGAAGUUCAGCGAGCACUUGUGGAUGCAAGCAAGGAUUCUGACCUGCCAAGGAAUGCGAAUGAUAGGUUGAAGGCAAUGGAACAGACAUUGGCUAAAGGAAAGCAGAUUCAAGAUGACUGUGCUGCUAUGGUGAAAAAGCUUCGAGCUAUGCUCCAUUCGAUGGACGAGCAACUCCGGGUCCACAAGAAGCAGACUAUGUUCUUAACGCAAUUAACAGCGAAAACAGUUCCUAAGGGACUUCACUGUCUUCCCUUGCGCCUCACCACUGAAUACUAUUCCUUAAAUUCUUCUCAAAUGAACUUUCCUAAUCAGGAGAGAUUAGAAGAUCCCCUGAUGUACCACUAUGCAAUCUUCUCAGACAACGUAUUGGCGACGGCAGUUGUCGUAAACUCAACUGUUACACAUGCGAAGGACCCUGCAAAACAUGUUUUCCACAUUGUCACUGACAGGCUAAAUUAUGCUGCGAUGAGAAUGUGGUUUUUGGUAAAUCCACCUGGCCAAGCCACUAUUCAGGUUCAAAAUAUUGAAGAAUUUACAUGGUUGAAUUCAAGUUACAGUCCUGUCCUGAAGCAAUUGGGUUCUGCCUCCAUGAUAGAUUAUUACUUUAGGACUCAUCGCUCCAGUUCUGAUUCAAAUUUGAAGUUCCGAAACCCAAAGUACUUGUCUAUCCUGAACCAUCUCCGGUUUUACCUCCCGGAAAUCUUCCCGAAGCUCAACAAAGUGUUGUUCUUGGAUGAUGAUAUAGUUGUGCGGAAGGAUCUUACAGGUCUCUGGUCCCUUGAUUUGAAGGGAAAUGUUAAUGGGGCCGUAGAGACUUGUGGAGAAAGCUUCCAUCGCUUUGACCGGUAUCUUAACUUUUCAAAUCCUCUCAUCUCAAAGAAUUUUGACCCUCAUGCUUGUGGAUGGGCAUAUGGAAUGAAUGUCUUUGAUUUGGAGCAAUGGAAGAAGCAAAACAUCACAGAGGUGUACCACAGAUGGCAGAAGCUGAAUCAUGAUAGACAGUUAUGGAAGUUGGGAACGCUGCCACCUGGUCUCAUAACUUUUUGGAAACACACAUAUCCACUUGAUCGCUCGUGGCAUGUGCUGGGCCUUGGUUAUAACCCUAGUGUAAGCCAGAAGGAGAUUGAUCGAGCAGCUGUUAUACACUAUAAUGGCAACAUGAAACCAUGGCUGGAGAUAGGCAUACCCAAAUACAGAAGUUACUGGGCAAAGUAUGUUGAUUACGAUCAUAAGUAUAUGAGAGAAUGCAACAUCAAUCCAUAAAUGGGUCUUAUGGUAGUUGGAAGUUUUUGCACAAUACCUUCUAGGCCGAGACCAUAAAUUGUGACAGGUUUUCCUCUAGCUCCCUCUGUAGACAUUUCUUUUUGUUCUGGAGUAACAAGCUCUGAAGCUUCAUUCUUUCUGUAUACAUGUUGAUUUUUUUUUUCCUGGCUCGUCGCUCUUUCCUACUUAUUGGACUCGAGUUAUGAUUAUAGAAAUCCGUAGAAUUCACUUUGUCUUGUAAAUCUUUUCUCUAUAUAUAGUUAGUGUAUUGUACUUGUUCUCCUUGUAUCUUGCAUAGAUGUUAUGAUCUCUUGUAGAGCAUUCUUGUUCAUGUCCUUUGUAACGUGUACAUACAUGCAGCUCCGUAUUGGUAUGCUACAUAAGUUGAUUGCAUAUUUUGGAUGAGUAUUACCGGAUUGACAUAUUAUGUUUUGUUGUUGGAUGGAAUAGACGUUAUUUUACUUCAA